UCAAAGACCACACGAGUUUAGUUUAGUCUUUAGUUUGUGUCACGUUCUACAACAAGUCGGUGGACAACGUCAUUCCCCUCCUGCGACCGACCGGUGCGCAAAGUUCGCAAGUCCGCUGUCGAACCGCGACAGGAAAACUUACCGGAAAACUGGACGGCAGGCUUUUUGCCGAGAGUCAUGUGAGACGGACCGGAAGUAGCAAGAUGAGAAUGCUUAUUCUCCUUUGCUUACUGCUUGUCAAACUGUGCGCUUCUUGCGAAUUUACAUCUAACCUGACGUGUCAGAAACGUCCGGCAUGCCAGUGCUUCAAAUCGAGCCGUUCCGUCCUCACCUGUUGCCACGUCGUUGCUUUGGAUAGCAUCGUGAAAAAGAACGGACCAUGUCCUGGACUGACCAACGAAACGAAGCACCUCUACCUGUUUAACGCCACCCUCGAGACGUUCGACGCAGGACUGAAAUACUGGACGCAUCUCGAAUCUUUGACGGUGACCCAGAGCAGGAUCAAAAAGAUAACCGGAGGCUUCAAUGGCAGUCUCAAAUGCGUCAACAUUUCGUCGAAUAACGUGAGCGAUAUUGACGCAAAGGUUUUUAAAAACCUCAACAAGAUGCACACCCUUGACAUAUCAAACAACGACCUGGACAAGCUUCCGAAGCUCAACAUCAGGAAGAAAAAUUUCACAUUGGACGUAUCAGAGAAUCCAAAAUUGAAGUGUUCAGACCUUAGAUCCUUAAUAGAAGUCCCCCCCUCAAUAAAUACUCCGACCUUUCGACACAGUAAUCUGACAAAAUGCGAAUCCGUGACGAGCUUCAAAUGGUUUAACAGUACCUUGUCUGUAACUCUGGACCAGGUCGAGACAUGGAAAAGGCUGGAAGAAGAAUGCCCCAAAGGGCCGAACUACCGAUGUACCUGUGCUCCCUACCGGGUGUUUUUCGUUGCUGAUAAAACUAUGAAUACGAUCCAAGUUAACUGCUCUGGAUUGAAUUUGAGCGAAUUGCCCAGCCUGCCGGCUAACACGGGAUUGCUGGACGUAUCGUACAAUAACAUAACAUCUUUAGACCGCCUGGCUACGGACCCUAGUUACCAUGCCAUGAUAGAGCUGAUAGCGGAUAAUAACAAAAUUGAUUCAAUCACGACCCUGGAAGGCACAAGGUUCAUAGACAAUUUCGCUACUUUAAGCCUCAGGGAAAAUAGACUUCGGACGAUACCGAUUUACAUCCUGUCCAACACAUUUGAUAGAAAUUAUCAAAUUAGGCGUGUCAGACUUGGAGGAAACAGACUGAACUGUGAUUGCAGCACUGCGCAAGUCUUAAAGUUAUGGUUGCUUGCUAAUACUGAGCACAUCCCUGACUAUGACGAGCUGCUGUGUGAAAAAGAUCUUGAAAGAGUGAAAAAUAUCGACCAUACCAAGGUGUGCGUUUAUCAAAAAGACUGGACUGAUUACAUAUAUUACAUUAUCGCCGCGGAGGUUUUCCUCCUAUUGUUGUUGGUCAGCAAAGUUUCCUACGAUUACUGGGUUUUCAAGACUUCGGGCUACCUUCCCUGGCCGGCUUCGAACAUGCCCAAGCUACCCUGCGACUGGGUAUUCGAAACCUGAUACAACUGUAUAGACUAUUUAUGUAUUAAACGAGAUCUCAUUGCCUUAUCUUGUCAAUUAGGCCUACGAUUAAUUUAGCAAUUACGAAGUAUUUUGUACAUACGAAGGAAAAGAUUAGUUUUUUAUUGCUUGAUUCGUAUUUUGUAAAUAUUGUUGUACCAAGUGCCAUUGUUUAAAUUUUUGUGUACUAUUUGUCACUCCACACUCCAAUUUAUUCAACAAAUCAAAGGAGAGAUAUAUAAAUAAUAGUUAACAACUCAUUUUUUUAUUUUAAUACAAUAUAUUGUUACAUAGUGUAUUUUUUGUAUAAAUUUCAGACGAAAUAUCUCUGUAUGAAAAAGAUGUUAACAAAUAAAAGGAAUAAAUUUAUUUUGUAAA